UCUAGUUAAAUAUUCUAUUUCUUUCACCAUCCUUCGCCUUGUACAACAUCCCCGCCACACCGUAACGCCAUGCCAAAGCAAUAUGUUGUCUGCGGCCGGCCGGUGCCCCGGCUCGGAACCCGCCACAUCUCGCUGCUCCUCGCCUGCCUCGCCCUGUUCGCCCUCUUCAGCCUGCUCAUCACCGCCCCCGGCUCCGUCCCCGGCUAUUCCCCCCGGAACCCGGGCGUACGCGCGGCCGGGAACACCUUUUCCGUCCCCAAGACGUUCAAGAGCCCUUGGAUGGACAAGCUCAACCCCUUUAAGCCGCCCUCGCACCCGCCCCGCGUGCAGAAGGGCGACACGGACGGCGAAUCGGUCUGGCACUCCAGCUGGAACUGGCUGCUCAUGCCCUUCAGCGGCUCCGUCACCCUCGACGAGAACCGCGCCCUGCUGCCCGUCCUCAAGGAGCGCACCCCGGUCUACUGCUACUACGACGGCGACGCCUUCCGAGGAGGGGACCGCGCGAGCGCUGAAGCCGAGAGCGCCCUGCUGCUGGCCUGGCGCCGCGCCUGGUGGGCUCAGGGGUUCAGGCCCAUCAUCCUCACCUCCGCCGAGGCCACCAACAACCCGCUGUACCAGGAGGUGCAGAAGCUCCAGGACAUCUCGCCGGCGCUCAAGGUCGACCUGAUGCGCUGGCUGGCCUGGCAAGCCAUGGGCGACGGCGUGCUUGCCCACCAUCUCCUCUUCCCGAUGGCUCCCCACGACGAUCCGUUCCUGACAUACCUCCGCCGCGGCGAGUUCCCCAAGCUGACCCGCUUCAAGGACCUUGAUGACGGGCUGCUCGUGGGGUCCGCGGACGAGGUUCUCACGCUCAUAAAGACUGCCAUGGACGGCGCCGAGACGAGCAAGGCCGAGGGUGUCGUGGCGACUGCAGAGUCGGGCAAGGACGGGGGGGUUUCGCUUAUCCUUGUUGAGGAUACUCCCACAUCCCUAGCCUACUACUCACCCAGUAGGGUCGAGGCCCUGUACCCCAAGGUCGGCGACCUCUUGAGGGCGUCCCACGCAGCCGGUGUCAGGAGCCUCACCCAGCUCGUCAACUCCCACCUACAUCUCAUCUGGCAGAACACCUUCGCCGACGGCAUCUCCGUGGUCAAGCCCCUGCCACACCACACCACCCUCCUCAUCACCCCGGCCUACGAGCUCGCCCAGCGACUCGCCCACUGCCCGGAGAGCCCCCUGCCCGAGAGCUGUCCGCCCAACCGUCUCAACUGCCGGCCGUGCGGCGACUCCAAGCCGUUGAAGAUCGCCACCCCUUCCUCAUACCAAGACGCCGACACCCUCUACACCAUCGGCACCGUCCCGCACCCCUACACCUCCUCCACCCUCAACUAUCUCAAGACCCAGCUCUCCAUCCCCUGGAUCCGCCGCAGGUCCCCUCGCGACGCCUGGAUCACCUCCCUGACCUCCUCCUUCUUUACCGACAAGGUUUCCACCACCCCGCGCCUCAUCCGCUUCAAGGAGGCCGUCGCCUCGGACGAGCCCAGCCCUGUCGAGACCAAGGACGAGGGAAAAGGGGAAAAAAGCACCAGAGGAGGAGGCGGCGCCCACCGCUCCCUCUGGCUGCCCGCCGAGCAGCCCAUCCCAGACGACCUCGACUGGCACUUUGGCUUCGCCCUGCCCGACCGCGCCUCCUACGCCGACCAAUCGUCCGCCCCCGUCGACACCGUCGGCACCCAGACCAGGAUCCCCCUCCACUCUUCCGAAGACGGCCCGCAACCGACCGAGUCCGACCUCGCCCUCGAGCCCGCCCUGCUCUCCCGCGCCCAGCUCAUCGUCCUUUCCUCCUCCUCAUCUUCCUCCUCCUCCUCCUCCCGCAUCUCGGGACUCCUCAAGUCGUCGGCAAAGCCCAAGGCGCCGCAGGCCAGCAGAGAGGACCUCGCGCUCCGCGACGCCGUCGAGGCCUGGAACCUCGCCGACACCGAGGCCUGGCGCUUCGCCCGCGCCUACCUCGCCCGCAAGUCGCUCGAGCGCCGCGAGUGGGAGGAAGAAGAGUCCAAGUACGCCGGCGGCCUCGGGACGGAAAAGUCGCUAGCCAAAGGUACCAGCACCAGCACCAGCACCAGCACCAGCACCAGCACCAGCACCAGCAACCCAAGAAAGGGAAGUGGUGGGAGGGGAGCCGGAGGAAACGUCUGGGACCGCUGGCUCGAUCGGGAUUGAGCCCGCUUCCCAUCGCUUCCUCCUGCCCGGGGAUGGCACAUAUGCACCCAUGCACUUUACUUGCACCGUAUUGGACCCGGGGCU